AUGCCAAACGGAGAAGAUGUUCGACUUAAAGUUGAUCAUGUUAAAAGUAAAAAAGUUGAAGGAACAUUAUAUAUGAUGAGUGAACGUAUGGGUUGGAUGCCUAAACAUAAAGAUGUAUUUACAUUAUCUUUUGAUUAUUGUGAUAUUAAAUAUCAUCGUAUAUCAUCUGACCAAAAAUCUAAAAUACGUUUACAAAUUGUUUGUUAUAAUGAAAUGAUGACUACAUUCCAUUUUUGUAAUCCAAUUGGACUUGAUGCACAAAAAAAAGAUCGUGAUGCUGUUUCGGAUUUACUGAAAAUUCUAUUACCAGAAUUUAAAACAAUGAUGGAUCAAGCACUAGAAGUUAAAACUAAGAUUUUAAAUGAAAAUAAAACAGUUUAUCAAUUGUACAAAGAUCUAGUUAUUAAUGGUUUGGUACCAGCCGAUGAUUUUUGGAGUAAAUAUGUUGAUUUCGAUAAAUUAACAGAAAGUACAAAAAAGCAAAACACUGGUGUAUCUGGUGCAUUUUUGACAAAUAUUCGUCCUGAAUCAGGUGAUAAUGGUGGUUUAAUAUAUAAACUUAAUACAGAUACAAUAAUGUCUAUUUUUCGUACAUAUCCAGCAAUUCGAGAAAAAUAUGAACAAAAUGUUCCUGCUGGACAUAUGAGUGAAGCUGAUUUUUGGCGAACAUUUUUUCAAUCACAUUAUUUUACUAUGGAUCGUAUGCAUUCAUCUAAUUCACGUGAUCUUUUUACAGAUUGUGUUAAACGAGAUGAUGAAAAAAUGCACAAUGAAGCAGAACGAGCUAGUCGAAAAGCAAUGGCUGUCAUUGCACCAGAAACUAAUGAAACAAGUGAAAUUGGUUAUGGGGUUAAUGAAAAUGCUGCCGACACAACAGGAAAAAAUGAUUUAAAUAAAAAUCUUAUUAAACGUUUUAAUUUUCAUUCAACUAUGAUACUUAAAAGUACACUUGGUUCAGAUACAAAUAAUGAUAUAUCAUCGACAAAUCGAUUAGAACUUGAUGAUGAUGAUGAUGAUGUUGCAAAAAAAUUUAAACCCGAUGAUGAUUUAGAAGAUUUACGAACCGAACAGCAAGAAGAAACUCAAACAUUAAAAUUAGUUAAUCCUGAAAGAUAUCUACGUGCACCAACAACAGAUCGUUCACAAAAAAAUUCUGUACUACAAAUACCAAUAAAUCUUAAUAAUCUUAAACAAGAAAUGGCCAAUUGGCAUGUUAAUACAGAAUUAAGUUUGAAUUCAUCUUUAGCACAUAGAAUUGUUAAAGAUUUAACACCUGGUGGUGCACUUAUGCAUGGAACAACGGCACAAACAUUAUCACAAAUUGUUCCUCAAAAUAUUCAAGAAGAAAUGCAAACUAUUUAUAUAUCAUUAAGUGAACUUCUUCGUCAUUUUUGGUCGUCAUUUCCACCGAGUUCAUCUUUAAUUGAAGAAAAAAUUCAUCGUGUUCAUGAUACAAUUGAGCGUUUUCGAGAAACACAAGUUAAUGCUUUUAAAGCAAAAGUAUCAACUGAUCUUUUAACAGAUUUUCAUUUGGCAGGUCACAUGGAAGAUCUUAUUGAUACAGCUAAUGCAAAAUAUCAACAAUGGGUUAAAACAUUAUCAUCAACCGGAAGAACUUGA